AGUCUACCUUCCCUCUCCUGCAAUAAACAUCGACUGUUAACUUGCUGCAGAGAUUGAAGCUCUUCAUUAACGAUGAAUACAUUUUUCUCAACAGCACUAGUUGGUUACGGUUUUAUUAUUAUCGCAACUUCGGUGUCCGGCACCUACGUUUGGAAUGGUAACAGAUAUGUAGAAUGCAACUGUAAUCGCAGGGCUUAUCGUUGUGAGUGGGAUCCUAUACUAUACCAACAGACUGGAAGUGGUACACGGUGUUUAGAUUGUGUCGGCAAUACAGAGGGAGUACACUGUGAGAAAUGUAAGGAAAAUCACUACUCUCUGAGACCAGGAGGACACUGUCAGCCUUGCAGAUGCAACCCUCUGGGUUCAACAGGUAGUAGUUGUGAUGAGUAUGGUCGAUGUAGGUGUAAACCUGAAGGUGUGAUUGGAGACAAAUGUGAUAAAUGCCAGCCUGGGUUUUACUCAUUAUCAAGCACUGGUUGCAAACGCUGUACAUGUAAUAUGGCUGGUGUUACCGAGAUCUGUGAUGUUGAAACAGGAAGAUGCACCUGUAAAUAUAAUGUGGAAGGGACCAACUGUAACCGGUGCAAGCCAGGUUAUUACAACCUUCAUCCAGACAACCCCAUGGGAUGCUCGGCAUGUUUCUGCUUUGGGCAUUCGUCCAUCUGCAAGGUGGAAGAUGGAUAUACGAAGGCGUGCAUAACCUCUACCUUCGAUUCAGAUUAUGAAGGAUGGAAAGCACAGCACCGGGAAAGUGGCGAUCUCCCAAUAAUGAGGUCAUCAUCAUCACGUGACAUUAUUGUUGAAGGCAAAGAUGACUACCCAAUAUUCUUUGUUGCUCCAGCCAAGUUCUUGGGAAAUCAAGUGCUGAGCUACGGACAGAACCUUUCCUUCACAUUCUAUGUGGAAAGCAAUGGUGCCUACCCAUCAGUUGAAGAUCUGAUCCUGGAAGGAGACGGUCAAACAUUGACUACUCAAGUCAAUGCACAAAAUAAUCCAAUCCCUUCUACGACAAAGCACACAUUCAACUACAGACUCCAUGAGGGUUUAGAGUAUGGAUGGAAGCCAUUUUUAACUUCCUUUGACUUCCAGCGGGUGCUCAGCAACCUCAAGGCCAUCAAAAUCCGUGGCUCAUAUAACAGGCAAAGCGCUGGACACCUCGAUAAUGUGUCUCUCCACACAGCCAGACCUGGUACUGGAAGUCCUGCUCAGUGGGUAGAGAAAUGUACAUGUCCAACAGGCUAUGAGGGACGAUUCUGUGAGAAAUGUGCAAGAGGCUUUACAAGGCAAAGACGCAAACUUGGAGGUUUUAGCAAGUGCGUGCCAUGUGCCUGUCAAGGCUCUAGUAGUACCUGUGAUGCAGAAACUGGUUCCUGCUUCUCCAAUGACCCUCCCAGGAAUUGCCCACAUGGUUAUUAUCCUGAUGCUACUGAACCAAGAGGCUGUAGAAUUUGUCCUUGUCCAAGAGGUACAGGGUGCUCUGUGACACCAGGAACAACAGAGGUGGUAUGUGUGGGCUGUCCAGCAAAAACCAUGGGUAACCGAUGUGAAAUGUGUGAGGAGGGAUACUUUGGUAACCCACAGGCAGGUAGAUCCUGUCAACCUUGUAGAUGUAACAACAAUGUGGAUCCCAAUUCAGUUAGCAAUUGUGAUCGGUGGACCGGGGAAUGUCAAGAAUGCCUGUACAACACUGCAGGACAUCACUGUGAGAGAUGCAAGAAAGGAUUUUAUGGAAAUGCUCUUGCCUCCAAUCCUACUGAAAAGUGCAAACCUUGUAACUGUGACCCAAGUGGUUCUUGGUCCUUACAGUGCAGAGAUGAUGGAACAUGUGAUUGCAAGUCAGGAGUCUUUGGAGCUAAAUGUAACCAGUGUGCAGGGGACACCUAUUACAAUAGCACCACAGGCUGCCAGGAGUGCCCUAGCUGCUAUCAAGCUGUAAAAAGCAAGGUACUGAAACACAAGAAUGUAGUUAGAGAUUUAGAAAUUCUUAUCUCAAGAGUGAAGAUAAAUGGGAACCCUUCAAGUGACAAGGACUUUGAUGAAAGAUUGAGGAAAGCAUCAGUGGUCCUCAACAGAAUGAUGACCGACGCUAAAAAAGCAGAAAUGGAUGAUGAAAACAACCUUGACCAAUUGAAAAAUCUUAACAAGAAGUUGGGUGUUGAGACAAGUCGCCUGAACAAUAUAGGGAAGUCAAUUGAUGAGACUCGGCGGUUGACAGUAUUGUAUGAAGAUCGCGUUCGGAGCACAGAGAGGUCGCUCAGCAAUGUCAGGACAAAGAUCCAGGAAAGCAGGACAGAACUGAGCCGAAUGCCAAGAUUACCUACAGGUCCUGUUGGAGGCCACAACUUGGCAGGUCUAGCAGAUGAGGCUCAAAGACUGGCAGAUAAACAUGUGAGAGACGCAGAUGACAUAGAACAAUUCAGCAGAACUGCCAACCAGUCAGCAUUUGCAGCCCUUGAAUUAAUUACCCAAGUAAUCAAAGAUGAUCAGAAGACCAUGGAGUCCAUCAAUCUAAUAAAUCAGCAGUCUAAACAAAUCAGUGACCUGGCAGAUGAACUAGAUGGACAAGCAAACAGAAUAGCCUCAAAAGCACAGAAAGUUAGUGAGAGGGCUCAGAGGAUUUACAAUGAGCUGAACAACAUCCCUACAAUUGACAUAGAUGCCCUUGAGGCUGAAGCAAAUGAGCUCCAGUUCAAAGAAAGUGCCAUCGGUCUUGAACUGAACGGGAAACUCGAAUUAUACGAAAGAUUGAAGAAUAAUGUGAUGGACUUCCAAAGUGAUGUCAGGAAAAUUUUAGACAAUGGAGAACUAGAGCAAAGGUCUGCUGACUUGUUAUACGCCAGAGCAAAUGCUGCUAAAUACCUGGCUGAAGAUGCUGUUAAAAAGGGCACAUCCACAUUGGAGCAAUUUGACCGUAUCUUAGCUAACUUGAGAGAUUUUAACACAAGAGUGAUCAGCAAUAAAACAGCUGCUGAAAAUGCUUUGAACAAAAUACCUGAUAUCAUCAAGACCAUUGAUGGUGCCAAUGUGAAAACUAGCCAGGCUGAGAAUCAACUGGGAAAUGCAGGAACAACUGCCAAUGAGGCACAGAGGAAAGCAAGGGAAACAAAUGCUAUUGCUGCUGAUGUUCUGAAGGGAGCUGUGAAAUCUUUAGAUGAUGCAGAUAUUGCACUAACUGAUAUUAGCCGACUGGAUGGUGAGGUGCAAGAUGUGUUUGAGCAGCUGAGACAUUUGCAGACAGAUGUGGAGAACAAACAGAGAUCAGUGCAUGGGGAUACUGUGAUGGCAGAGAUGAUCACAGACAAUGUAAAUGAUGCGACCAUGAAUGUAGCAGGUACACAGAAUUCCAUUAAAGGAACAAUGGAUUUGAUCAGCAACCUACUGAUUUCUAUGGGUAACUCAGCUGAGAUUGAUGCCACCAACUUACAACGUAUAGAAGCUUCUCUACAAAUCUCUAAAGACCAAUUGACAAAUGAGCUUCAAUUGAAGCAACAAGAAUUGCAGGAAGCUUCCAGAGAACAAAGAGAAGCAUUAGCAGCUUAUGAUCAAGAUAUUGAGGACAUUCGUGGAGCUAUUAAAAACCUAGAAAACAUUAGAGACACUUUACCUCUUGGAUGCUUCAAUACUGCAGCCAAUGAAAGGCCCUAAGUGCUUGACCUCUUCUGACAGAAGUUGUACUGCUAAAAUUAAUUGCGAAAAGUUUCUGUUUUAAGAAAAUCCUCAGCAAAAGACAUUCUAUGCAACACUUUACCAGCAUCAGACAGACAGAUAAGACAUGAAUACAUUAACAGCCUUUGCAAUAAUAAUUACUUUUAAGUUGAUACUUGAUUGAAUUAGAUGCCAAUUUCACCAUGUCCUUUCCAUUACUUAUUCUAUGUCGCAUGUGUUGCACUAUUGCUAUGGUGCUAUAUUCAACUAUUCCCACUCAUGUCUAACCAGGUUGCUGUAAAAAGAAAAUAAUUUAUUUUUCAGAGGUAGUCAACUAUAAGAAACCGGACCAGAUAUUUAUGAUCAAUUUUUCAUAUAUACAAAAUCCUGCAGCAUUGCAAGUUAUAGUUUACUGCUGCUGGGUCUGUGAUAUAUGAAGGCAAUACAAAACAGUAUUGCUUGUUUCAGUGCCAUACCUGUGCAUUUAUUCUGACACUAUCAUUAAUAUUUGAAAUCCACCUCUUACAACAGUAGCUGAAAGCCAAUAUGUCUCGUGAAAUACAGUCUGGAUCCUUUGGCGGCCUAUGGAUUAUUUGUACAGAUAAUUGGCUGCUCCAAUGGCUGCUGUUAUCGUGCUGUCUGUGUGAAUUGUAAGAGUGGCCAGUACUAAAAACCGAUUUAACAAGGACAACCAAAAUAACUCCUAGAAAUCUACUGUACUUGUAUUGGAUGUUGACUGGACUAGUUGGGAUGCAGUGAGAAGGAGGAAGGAGGGAGGAAGAGAAAUCAGCCAAGUUUCCUUUCCUGAUUGCGACCUAUUUCCAGAGUUGUUUUAUUCUUUAUAAAAUGUAGAUGCUGCUGUCAAAGCCAACAUUUGUUGUCCAAUACCAUUGCCCCUGUGGCUGACUGACUCUAUUGAUGUUCCCCCUCGACACUAAUGCGUGAAAAGUAGCCACCCUUAGUGAAUUAUGGGAAACCUACUGGUUCCUGGGGAGUUGCUGCCAAAUGAAUUUCAGAAAAAAAGCAACAUUGGAGUCAGGUGGAGAAAAUGCAAGAAAUGAAAAUUGGUGAAAACUGUGCCCCACAUAGGCUGUACUUAUUUAGGUUUCACUGUUUAAACCUCAUGUAGACUGACUGCUUUAGUCUUUACCCAAAAUGUUGGUUUUUAUUAAAUUUGCAAAAUCAACCAAAAACUAACCAAUCAUUGAAAUGCAGCAUUUUAGGCACAUGACUCUCAGCUGGUUUAUCUCCUAAAGCAUAUUUCUGAGAUUUUAAACCUCCAGCCCCAAAGAUAGAUUUGGUGGCAUGUUUGCUUCUGCAUUUCAUUCGCUGCUCCAAGUGUUGCCCUUUUCUUUUUCUUCUUCCUCUGAAGGCAGAGAAACAACCAGUUUGGCCUCCUGCAGACUGUAUGGGAUUGCAUGCUGCUGCAACAUGAACUCCAACCUAAGUGUAGAGACAAAUGAGGUUAUAUGGAAGGGGGACAAAAUAGGAGUUAAUGGCUUGAUUCAAUACUGAGAUGAAACAUAAAUUAUGGGAAUGGAAAUUCAGCCUGACACUAACCAAAGGUUGGUCUUUCAUCUAUAACUCAUGCAGGUUUUACAUUCUAGAUAUUUAGACAGACUAGAAAGUGACUGAAUAUAUGGAUGUGGUAACGCAUGUUUUAAAUCGGGACAAUUGUUUGAGAAUGUAUCUUUCUAUCUAUCUAUCUAUCUAUCUAUCUAUCUAUCUAUCUAUCUAUCUAUCUAAUCUUUAAUAUAUAUAGAAGCAAAUAGACUGACUUGUAUUUUGACUAUUUUGACCACUGUGUGCAUGCUUUGUUAGAAAUUUUAGGUCAAUGCUGGUUAAAGAUUAAUGCAGAAGUGUUCUGACACACUUUACCCACUGAACUCAAUUAGAACAGAGGAAUUAUGAGAUGGAAAAUGGCCGAUUACAUUUAGUUUGCCGUCUAGUGUCAUAAUUUAAUGAUAGUAGAGUUAAUGAUUAAUUAAAGAAUUCAAUCUCUUGCUAUGUAUAGUAAAGCCAGAAAUAACUAGGGAGACUCUGUGAUGGAUGAUUAAGAGUUAAAAAUCCAAAAUUGCCGUCCAUCUGCACAAAUUGCAAAUGAAACUCAUUACAUUUAUAGAGGAGUUUAGUUUUUCAUGUGGGCCAAAUUCUGAGAGACAACACAUUCUCCUCAUGUCACCACACAGCUAACAUUACAUUUUGUCCAGCCCAUCUGCCAGAUGUUCAUAGCCAGAGCUAUGUCUUGUUUGCUGAUGAUAUCCCUCUUGUCAUCCUUUCUACUUAAAUCUUUACUACUGAAAUUAUUACAAAUCUUCAAUAGCAAGGAAACAUAAGGAGCUGAUUAGAGAGAUUAGAUUAGAUUAGCUAAGUGUUGAAACAGGCCAUUUGGACCAACAAGUCCACACUGACCCUCUGAAGAGCAAUGUAUUAUAUGUUAGCAAAAUUGUAGAUGCUUUCACAACAUGUUACUAUCCAUACUGAUGAGAGUUAUUCCUCUCUUAGCAAUAUUUAGUCAUUUAGCAUCCACCUGCUUGUCUUCUAGUGCCAUAGUUUGGAAAGGCAACACAAUUUCUAGUAUAUGUAUGUAAACAUUUGCAGGGGCAUAGGAAUGAGUAGAGGGUUGGGACUAAUUGGACUGUUCUUUUUAAGAGCUAUCAUAGAUACAAUGGGUCAAAUGACCUUCUUUGGUGCUGAAUGCUUAUGUUCUUUUGGAGCUAGAAUAUUAGUCAAUAGUCAAGUGGGAGCAGGGGGGAACUGGAUUGAGAUUAGGAAACCUGGAAGAAUAUUUCCAUUCGUGCCCUAUUAAAUAUAUUUUCUCUGUUCUAAACCAAUUGAGGGGUUAUGUAGCUAACAACAGAUUGGCCUUUACCAAAUCUGUAACCAGGGAAUAUAAAGGAGGAAAUGUGGGGUCAGAGGCCAGGAUUUAGUUGCGUGGGGAUUAGAGGUGUGUAUGAGAUCAGGAAUUGGGGUGGCAUAACGUGGGUAAUUGAAAGUAUCAUUGACAAGGCUGGAGGCUUUAGGGCGAUCAGAAGGGCUGUACGGAGAGGCCAAUCUUGUGGAUUUAGCAAUGUCAAUAGUCUGGUAGAUUAUAAGUAUAAAAGAUGUGAAUCUCAGGUCAGACAUUGCAUUUUAGAUGUGAGGCCUUGUUCAGAGUCUGUCUAUGUCCUAACCUGGAGCCAGACUGGUUUUAUUUCCAAAGUAGGAAUUUAUAAAAUGCUACAUUGAGCAACUGUCUACAGGUUGUGUACUUUUUGAACAAAAUAGAAUGUAUCUGCAAUACAAAUUUGCAAAUGCAAAUUCACCCCAUAGACUUCUAUGU